UUGUAUUUAAAGGCAAAGGCUGCAAAUUGCUCUAGAGUUUUUAAAUAGCGUAUGACGUCACUGUGACGUACAACUUAUCUACUUGCUAAACAAUCUUUAAUUGUGAUUAACGUACAAGAUACUAAACUUCAUAAAUUUGUAAGCUAUUGUUGCGCUUUUAGUGUAAGCAGGACCUCGUUUUAUUUUCUGUUUUUUUGGUGACGUUUAGGAUGACGUUGAGAUCAGUAUGGCAGCUUCCAUCGUCGAAGAACUCGUAACUCGUGCUUGUCGUUUGUUGCGUUGGAGUGUGUUCUAGAACGUUCGUUUUAUUUAGUGCCAUUGUUUCGGCGAUCGGCCAGAAGCCUCUUCCUCGAGUUUUCUGUUGAUCAAAGUAGUUAGCUGGGCCAGUUAAUUACUAUCGAAGGAUGGAGUCCACGAUGGAGCUGUUCGCCUCGGACCCGGACUUCUGCAAGCGGUGCGGUGCCGUGCUACCGCUGCCAGGCUACGAGGACUUCGUCGUGUGCAAGUUGUGCGGCGCCAACAUCGACGUGCGCAACUUCCACGGUCUCGAGACGAACUCGCGGGUGGUGUUCAACGACCGCAAGACGGCCCUGAAGAAAGCGGCGCCCGAGACGACCGCCAAGCCCGCCGGGCCGCUGGUGGACCGCAAGUGCUCGCGCUGCGGCCACGAGGGGAUGACGUACGCUACGCUGCAGACGAGGUCCGCCGACGAAGGGCAGACGAUAUUCUACUCGUGCCCCGAGUGCCUCUUCCAGGAGACGGAGAACUCGUGACUGCCCACGUUCGAUGUUGCCGACUUCACGAUGUUGCUGUUGCUUGAGUACUUCAGUGUCGGUCUUGACGCACGAUAUCGGCACAUAUACGUCUUACGCAAGUGCAGGGACUGAUGUGAACACAUUUGUGCACGAAGCGUACAUGAACCUCCUGAACUACUUCAGGAAGUCCUGGCGAAAUCGAACAGACCUUGGCGGCGCCGAGACAGAAAAGUGCGGUAGACCAAAAGGAGGCAAGCUGCUGAUGUCUGGUCGUAUAGAUCAGCUUCUGCUGUGCACAAUGCCAAUGGUUCUGCAUCAGCCAAGUUGAGUGCAGUGUGAAAAACCCGUGUUGAUGUUCUCGGUCGCGAGUUUUUAGGUUGAUUAAGUACGAGGUGCGCGCUGUGGUUUUCGUUUGAACCGGAGAGCCAUGGUGCACAGCUUUUGAAGUCCGCUCGCGUGGAUGCUUUUGUGGCUGCUUUUGUUGACACUGUCCCCAAACAAUUUUAAGGAUUGUAUACUGUAUGACCAUGUGUGUGCUACUUUGGCAAGUAGCUUGUCAAAAGUGCCCAAGCAGAUACAGACAGACUGGUUUAUGCAAGUUUGUGAAGUUAAUAAAAUGUUUUCAGCAAUUGCAAAA